GGAUCUUUAUCCUUGUUUUGUGUAUCGAGCGGGCUGCCGCUGCCGCUGCCGCCUUCUUCUGUGAGCAGCUCCAGGAGAGGUUGCGGGAGACGGACGAGGAGUUAUCGGCGUCGCGCCUCGGCCUGGAGCUCGAGGUCAAGCAGAUGGAGGCGAGGGUGGCCGAGAAGGCUGCAGUGCUGGUGGACGAGAUCCUGGUGGCGCAGCGGCAGAGAGACGACGCGAUGCUGUCGCGGGUUCACACGGCCGAGGAGGAGAGGGAGGCGGCUGUGGAGAGGGCCCGUCGCUUGGAGAAAGAACAGGCGGAGAUAUUUGAUUACAAUUGUGAGCAAGUAGACUUGGCCGUGGAGGAGUUACUGGAGGGCGUCCGGGAGGCGAGCUCCGGCCGCGACAUCGAGCGCUACGGAGCGGCCCUGGUGAGCCGCAUCCGCAAGGGGCAGGCGCGACGCGACCGCAUCACGGCGGAGGAGAUGCGAGCCGUCGUGGCCGAGCGAGACGACGCCAUCGCCCGGUGCAAAAAGCUCGACCACGAGUUGAGCCGGGCGAAGGAGGAGCUUAGCGCCCGCGGCUCCUCGGGGCGGACGAACGACCCAGAGCAGGAGAUGAAGCGUAGCACCGCCGGCAAACCUGGCACGCGUGCACAGUGGCCGCCCAUCCAAGCGUCGGCCACGCUCGACCCGCUGCUCAGCUUCGCCGAUGUCCGUUGA